AAUCAGUAAUCAUUCAACCAUAGAAUGGAGAGAGUGAAAGUAAAAGUGGAUGAGUCCCAUUUUCCUAAAACAUCCAAGGAGCAGAAAAAUGGUAAAUUUGAGGAACCAGUUGUCCUGGAGUCUGAUAGAAUGACAUCCAUCCUACUCCGAACAAUGUAUGUCCAGUGGGUAAUAAUUACUUUUCUCAUUGGAAUAAUAUUUGUUCGACUAGUCUACUCCACCGAUGAAAACUGGACAUUUUUUGUUAGUUCAACCUUAAUCCUCUGUUUUGCUGUGAUACCCAUCAUAAUUACAAUAUCUUGCGUGGAUUGUUGCUCGAAGAAAAAAUCUAACAAAGUAGAAAAGAAGAAAGUUUCUAAUGAUGAAACUAAUGACAAAUCUAGCCCCACUAAGAAGAUAAAGCCUAGAAAGUCUAGAAGUACUACUAGAAAAAGCAAGCCGAAACCUGCCACUGAAGAAGAUACCCCAAAGUCUACUACGGUUUCCAAUGAAACAACUGUGCCUGAGAAGAAACAGCCUAGAAGCGUGUCUAAGAAACGGAAAACAAGUAAGCCAAGAAGUAUUUCAAAGAACCGAGUUAAAAGUAAGUCUAGAAGUGUAUCCAAGAGAAGAAAACCCAGCAAAUCAAGAAGUACAUCAAGAAAGCCAAGUAAGCCGAGAAGUGUAUCCAAGAGCCGCACCGCCAGCAAGCCUAGACCAGCUUCGAAGAAGAGAGAGAUGGUUGAUUCUCCUAGUAUCACUGAUGAAAUCAUUAAUCUUUCCCAGUCUGUUUUUGGAGAACCCAGGAAAACUAGAAGUAAAUCCAGACCUAGAAGCACAUCUAAACCUAGAAGUUCUUCAAGGAAGCGUAGAAGCUCAUCUAAACCUAGAAGUUCUUCAAGGAAGCGUAAUUCCAGCAAACCUAGAAAUGUUUCUAAGACCAGAAAGCCUAGAAGUGAAUCAAAGAAGAGAGAACCCAGCAAGAACCAAAGUUUAAGGAAGCGUAAUUCCAGCAAACCUAGAAAUUUAAGUGCUGAACCCAAAGCUGAAACUGAAGAUCCUUCUAAAUCUGAAGAAAAGAAGAUAAAUCUUGAGAUAAAAGUAGAAUGUGUUGACGAGAACAACACUGCAGGAGUCUCAAAUCUGAAUGUUCAUGCUCAAGUAGAUAAUGAUCAUCUUGAUAUGGAAACCCAGUUGGGAUCCAAGGGUGCUGAUGUUUACUCUGAGGCCAAGGUUGAGGAUGAGGGAGAAAACAGCAGUAUCAAGAUCACUAUUGAUACUGAGCAACCAGAUACAGGACUAGAGGUAGAGAAUACUCUUAUUGGAGAUGAAAAGAGGAUAACAGCUACUCUAGAUAAUGAUGGAGUGGAACAAACCAAGAAGAUUAAAAUAGAUCUUGAGACAGAUUCAGAUUCAGAUCAUCAAGAAGCAGAAGGACAUAUUCACAUUGAUAGCAAAAAAGCUUGAACUUAUGAUAUAAAUAUUAAACAUUUAUGAACUAUUCAUUGAAAUUAACCAAAUACAUAUAUUUAUAUAAAAUA